AAAUGCAGAAAAACUGCAGCUUCUCCAGUCCUUCUCAGACGCCUUCUUCCAUCAAACCACCCAAAAAGAAACAGAAAAUCAACACUCAGAUGAACAGUACGCCAAAUCCUACCCACGAGUCCACUCCUAACCACAUAUAUUUUAAAGAUGAAGAGCUCAGAGAUGAAACAUCUUCAACAAAAAAGUUCAGGGAUGGGGGCGGGAGUGCUAAACCGUGGAAGCCCAAGAGACCAUUCCCCGCCUCGAGAAACUCACCUGCCAAACCAGUUUUAGAUGAAGACUGCGACUUCCCGAGAGGAGGAAGGCCAAACAAGAAUGCAGAGGAGAGAAGGAAGAAGAACAAGAAAAACAAGAUGAAGCAAAGUCCCUCGUCUCUGAUAGAUGGACAACACAAAAAGAGACCCGACCAUCCUAGGUGGACUGUGGGAGAGAACAGAUGGAGGUCGCCAAAAGGAGAGCAAAAGAAAAACGGCAAAAAAUUUGCCCAGAAUAACUUAAUACACAGAUGUACCCAACAGAUGAAAACCUGUUUAUCAUCAAGCAACGCAAACGCAGCAGAUAACAUCAGUGUGAUGCCCAAUGGGAUCAUUUUCAUUUACCAUUCAGAGAAAGUGUGGUCACUCAGGUUUCA